CAUACUGAAGUUGGAGUUUGAGUAAAACAAUUCACAAACAACAUGGCCGAAACGAAAGGCGAACACAGCCUCAAUGUUUCCGAAGUGCUUCCUGUUUCAGACACAAAGCUGCCUAAACCAAAGCGUGUCGCUUCGCUUGACAUCUUUCGCGGUCUCACUGUUGCGUUAAUGAUCUUGGUUGAUGAUGCCGGAGGGAAAUGGCCAAUGAUUGGCCAUGCGCCAUGGAAUGGCUGCAACCUUGCUGAUUUUGUCAUGCCCCCUUCUUUUGUUCAUAGUGGGGAUGGCCAUUCCUCUGGCUCUCAAGGUUAGCUGCGAAUGAGGAAAUAGGGGCUAUGAAUGCUUCCAAGCGUUACUUUCUAUGUCUUUUGUUUCUCUUC